ACACUCGUGCAAAAGAAGAAAACAAUUCUACCGGAAUGGCGGGAAAGUUUUGAGGCCCACUUGUACCCCGGAAGGGUCAUCCAUGUGGCCCUCCAUAGGAAGGCGGACAUGGCCAUUGUGGGGCAAGCCGAUGUGCCCUUUACCCUCUUCUUGGAGAAGUACAAAGAGAAAUGUCAGGAUGGUGAUGCUGUCGUUACAGCCCAUUGGGUUUGUUAUAAGAGGGUUACAUGGUUCAAUUCCAGUUUAGAGUUUUUCCGCCAGAGUACACGUCCCUCUCGUCUGGUAUGUUCUACUCUCAAGCGAAGGGGCGCCAUUAAGCAGCUUAAAAUCCACGAAGUCAAAGGACACAAGUUCAUAGCCACGUUCUUCAAACAGCCAACAUUCUGUUCAUUCUGUCAAGAAUUUUUAUGGGGGUUAAACAAGCAAGGUUACAUGUGCCAAGCUUGCAACUGCGCGGUCCACAAGAAAUGCCACAACAGCAUUCUGGCCACAUGUACUGGUAGCGCCAAGACAAGUCGAGAAACGAAGAUCUUAACAGAGCGAUUUAAUUUGAACGUACCUCAUCAUUUUCAAGUUAACAGCUACAUGUCACCGACGUUUUGCGAACACUGCGGCAAACUCCUGUACGGCCUCUUUAGACAGGGCCUCAAAUGCUCCGAAUGCGGGGUCAACUGCCACCGGAAGUGCUAUAAGUUUAUGGCCAACCUUUGCGGCAUCAACCAGAAGAUCAUGGUGGAACUUUUGGGGGAAAUUAAGAGCGCCAAAACUCUGACGUCGCAAUCUGAUGUCGGUAAUGAUGAUGAUGAUGAUGAUGAUGAUGCAUCAUUGUCAGUGGCGUCAACCACCACCACAACCACAACGAGCGACAGCAGCAGCAGCAUCGUCGCCAACUCAAAACCAGAUGGAUCGAAGAAAUUUUUCUGGGACAGUUUUGUUUGGCUGAGUGUGCUAGGUAGAGGAAGCUUCGGAAAGGUCAUGCUAGCCCAGUUAAAGACCAAUGACAGCCAGUUGUACGCCGUGAAGGUGUUGAAGAAGGAGGUGAUACUGCAGGACGAUGACGUGGAGAGCACAAUGUCGGAGAGGAGGGUCCUGGAACUUUCCAACAACCACCCGUUCCUUGUUCACCUCUUCUUCACAUUCCAGAGCCCCAGCCACGUAUUUUUUGUAAUGGAGUUCGUGAAUGGAGGUGACCUGAUGUUCCACAUACAAAAGAGUAGCUACUUUGAUCACGAGAGAGCUUGCUUCUACACCGCUGAAAUCGUUUCGGCCCUGCAGUUCUUGCACUGCCAUGGAAUUGUUUAUAGGGAUUUAAAGCUAGACAACAUCAUGCUGGACAAGGAGGGUCACAUCAAGGUCACGGACUUCGGGAUGUGCAAGGAAGGGGUCACGGGGGGUCAGACCUGCACCACCUUCUGCGGCACUCCAGAUUAUAUCGCUCCGGAGAUAAUUAACGGGCUAAAGUAUACAAGGGCAGUGGAUUUUUGGUCACUCGGGGUUCUAGUUUACGAGAUGUUGAUUGGUCAGUCGCCCUUCCAGGGCGAUGAUGAGGAGGAUUUGUACUACAGCAUCUGCAACCGGAAGCCAUUCAUCCCUAGGCAUCUCAAACAGGAUGCAAGCUCUUUCAUCACGCAGUUGCUGGAACGAAAUUCGGAACUGAGACUAGGUAUGUCAAACUGCCCGCACGGACCCAUCAGGUGUCACCCGUUCUUCAUAAGUAUCAAUUGGGACAAGCUCGAGAAGAGAGAAUUGAAACCUACAUUCGUUCCUACUGUUAAAUCGGCCAAAGAUUUGGGCAAUUUCGAUAGAGACUUCACUACGGAAAACGUAAAACUGACGCUACCUGACUCUAAAGAUUUGAAAGACCUCAUCGACACCAUUGACCAAGAACUCUUCAAAGGCUUCAGUUUCGUAAGCCCUGCCAUGGGGGAAGUUCUUUGA